AUUUUGAUCAUCUACAAUCCUCCAGUCUCGAUUUGAGUCAUGAUAGCCUUAGUGUUUAUCACAAUCGGAAAAAGCCAGUUGAAGCCGUCUUUAACAAAGAUGAAUCAGUUCAUUCUUCUCCGCGCUUAGCUGGCUCUAAUGUUCCUCAGAGACGUUCCUCUUCGUCAUCCCGACGUAAGCGUUCCCAGCCCCGAAGGCCCCUCAAGUCUGUUUCGCCCCUUGUCGUAGCCUCAGAAUGCUCAAAGCCAACGCAUGCCUUGGUCGAAUCGAGCAAUUUGCUUGCACCGGAAGUUGACGGGUCAGAUUCUUUCUCAGCUGCCUUGAUUACAUCACAAAGCGAUACUGAUUUAAGGCCAUCUUCAGCUCUCCAGCAUUCCAAUUCUGCUUUCGCGUUUGCAGACUCAUUGCAGCAUUCUGGCGAGCUUAAUAAUUUUGCCCCAUCCGAUCCUGUCAUAUCAUCGGGGCCCGAUAACUCACAAUCUAUUACUGGCAGUACUUUGUCAGGUGUCGUAUCUGACGACCAGAAUAAAGUAGAUCAGAUUACGCACAUGCCAAACACGGCUUCAACUAAUAUUGCAGUGCAAUCUUCUAAGGAUGUAAGCUCCUCUUUGAUGGAGGCAAGUGACACCUUCGACUGCACUUAUUCCAAUACUACUAAGGCUCCUACAGUGCAUUUUGAUAAUACCCCGUUGAGUGAAGCUGUAAAAAGACCGAGUGGAUUAGACCUGUCGACAGAUACAAUUGACUUUUCAGCUAAUAGAAGUAUGGCCUACGUUGAGCAUACGUCUGAUAGACUGGAUGCUCCAGAAUUCGAAGCUUGCACUACCGCUAGUGGUGACCACUCUUUGAGCUCUCCGGCCAGCGCAGUGAUGUUCCAGCCCAACCCAAAAGAUGAGAGUACGUCCACUGAAGCUACCACUCAUACUCUUCAUUUUUCCACCGAGGUUCCCAAAACUCCCGAGCCCGAUAGCAUUGAUGCAGUCGACCCCCCAGUUUUAUUGGCAUCAGCCGAAAUCUCUAACUCACGCAUAAACAUGAACAUUGAUUCGGAUGCGAACGCGAGCAUCGAUAUAGAUGUAGACUUGGGUGCCAACUACUUGAUUGGAUGCUCUAAUCGUCAGAUGGAUCAGCCUCUCUUCCACCUGGCCAAGGUACUUAACCUAGAGACGGCUGCCUCUGCAGGAGACUUAAUUCGGAAAUAUCGCGGUUGGGAAUGCGUCGAGCUAGCUUGUUGGAGAAACCACCUUGCCUCAGCAAAGGAUAUUGAGACGCCUCUCCAAGCUGGGCUCGAUCUCAACACUAAAAAUGAACAUAUUUCCAUGUCCCCCGAGGUCCCUCUGGCCCAAGUGGCUGAGGGCAUCUUUCUAUUCGACCGAGUCAUCCAUUUGACGGUUUGCAGGCACCUGCGCGGUGAUGACCCAGAGCCGACCUAUGAACUGGCUGUCGGAUCUGAGUCAUUACCUUUGUUAAACUGCGAGAGCGCUGAAUUAUUGCAAGCCAAUGAGCAUACGGAUCUAAAAGAGGCGGGGAAGUGUCUGAAGGCUGAGAAGAUGUUAGGAGACCAAGAAACUAUUAAGGAAGAGGAGCAAGAAACAAAGGAAGAGAUUGAGAUGAAAGAGAUGAAACCAGAAUUAGAGGACGAAACUAUAAUGAAGGAGUUGGAAAUCGGAGAGGGGAAAGAUAUACAGGAGGAAAGCAAAGAAGAGUCAAAAAUUAAUUGCGGAAAGGAGGAAAAAGAAAACUUAGAGAUAGAGGCUGAUGAAACUAGUUUGGUGGACAAAGGAAAUAACUGCCCCCUGAAAAUAGAUGAAUUCUCAGAGUGCAAAUCUUCCCUUAACUUACUUUUAUCUACUCAUUCUUCCUCUCAAGCUGCAUGUAUGUCUGAUCAUCUAUCACUAUCAUCACCAGAUAGGGCAAAUACCUUGGAAAUGUCGGAAAAUGUUGUCUCGACUGUCGAAAAAGUAUUUGAAAAUAUACCGGCUACCAGCGAAGAGCCAUUUUCCCAAAAAGCCGUUGCAAAUACUGGACGCAUCCUAGAGGAGUGUAAGCUAGAAAAUGUUACUGAGGUUGAAAAUGCUUUUCCCGAUGCCUGCAUCCAUGUUAAUCCAGACCUCUUGGCCAUUAGGAAGGAAAUUGCAAACUCCGAUCCUGUUGAUAAUAGUUGCAUUCUUGAUUGCUCGAGUAAUCCAGAUAAUCAUGUCGGCAUCAGUGAUGUACUACGUAUUGAUAAGGAUGCUACCUCUGGCUGUGAUUUUCCCACUGGCGCUGUUCAAACACUGGCCGAAACGACUGAUCUUCCUUGUGUUUCUACCUGUAGCCUAGUAGUAAAUGGCAACGUCGAGCUGCCAGAACAUUGUGAUGAGCCUGAUGAUGGUGAUAGUCAUACAGUCACUCAUGAAUUUAAGGCUGCUUCCUCUUCUGUAAUUGGUACGCCUUCUAUUGAAGAAAUAAGUACAGAUGUAUCUUUUCCCUCUCGAGCAGUCACGGUCGCCGACAACCAACCAGGAAUCUCUAACACCGAAUCUGAUAGAUGUCUUAUUUCGCAAUUUAUAUAUAUCAAGGCGAAGGAGACCGAAACAGACGGCACGAAUGACACUAAACUUAUGGAGGCGAGGACUGAGCAGCUGGCUCACAAUGAAGCCACGUCCCCAUCCUCAGAAUUUAAAUCGACAUCGAGUAAGCAAUCGUUUGAGAAGCCUGUUGUUUUUGAUGAGUUAAAACCAGGAAAGCGCAGGAAAAGAAUUUUUAACGAGGAUCGUGGUGUGACGUCAAAAGUGGCUGUGGCUAUCAAACGGAGCCAUAAUGAACGCCGAUUGAUGAAAAUGGAAUCUGCUACUGGGUCGGACGACUCAAACAUGCCUUCUUUCAAAGAUCUAUUUGAUCAGGCCCUUAACGACAUUCUUCUCGCUGAAGCCGCCUGUGGGAAGCGGCCACAUGCUGAGCUGUCUCCUCUCGAAGCUGGCAUCUUCGCUUCGAUUGUUUCA